UAUUACCACAAACCCCAAGUAUGGCACGAUUCAGAGCUUCAAAAUGUGGCGUUGUAUUCGCAGUCAUUGUUUUCAGCACCAUUGUAAACGGUAUUCUCUGCCAGAGCAAAGUUGAUGAGCUGAUAUCAGAAAUAGUCCCUUCCUGCGUAUUGGGGGCUAACCAAAUUAACUAUAUCAUUUAUAACAGAAACAUUUCAACCGAUGGUGUGGUCGUCGAUUUAAAUUCUAGCAGCAUCCCAGUGGAAAGUGGUCUGCCAGUAGCUUUUCUAGUUCACGGGUUCACGUCCGAAGCAAAUAACUCACGUUACCAAAAUCUGACGCAAGCUUGGCUUAAAAAGUAUGACGUUAACAUCAUUUCUGUUGAUUGGAAAGAAGGAGCAUGCUCCGGAGGGAUUGCGCUUACCCAGUACCUGAGUUACCCCAAAUCUAUCGAGAACGCCCAUGAAGUCGGACGGAACAUCGCGGAAUUCAUCGCUAAACUUAUAAGUGACUAUGGUAUUCCCUUGGAGAACAUGCUCAUGGUUGGGCACAGUCUGGGUGCACACGUGGUUGGGUUUUCAAGCAAGGAGUUGCAGAAGGAAAAUAUUGGGACUAUCCCACAGAUUAUUGCCUUAGACCCAGCGGGACCAGGUUUCUUGACCAGUCCGUGCUCGGACAGAGUUUGCGAGACGGACGCUGAAUUUCUUCAGGUCUUUCACACGUCGGAUCUGGGCAUCAUCUGGCCUUUGGGAGACGUCGAUUUUUACUAUAAUGGCGGGCAUUACCAGCCUGGAUGUUCGCUGACAGAUGUGUCUUGUUCGCAUGGCAAAGCGGUUGACUACUUGACCUAUUCCUUUGAGGAUUCCGAUUGCAAUAUCAUUGGCAAGAAGUGGACCUGGUUCAUCGGUGUUCCUCCCAAGUCUGAGUGUUCCAAUUCCACAUGCUCGAUACCGGGAAUAAAAGCUUAUGAAUACCCAGCCAGAGGAUCGCUUUAUGUUGACACUAAGAAUCUGUCAUUAUCCUGCGGUGAGUAUUCAAAAUGCGUCCGUGUACCUGAUUUGAAAAAAUUGUUUUUUCACAAGAAAGUGGGCUUGCUUAUCGACGAGAUUUUUCGUUACAGAGAAGAACUUCCCAUGAGGAAACGUGGAACUUAACUCUUCGGUAAACCU